GCCGCGGUUGGCAGACGGCCGGCGGGGACGGGAAAAGGCCGGUGUUUCCUCUGGGGGAAGGCCGGCCCCGGGGAGGUGCGGGAGCUCCGCAGCGGUGGCCGCGAUGCGGGCCGCCUGGGUGCUGCUGCCGGCGCUGGCCGCCCUGUCCGCCUACUACGUGUACCUGCCGCUGCCCGGCACCCUGUCGGAUCCAUGGAAGCUGAUGCUGCUGGAUGCCACCUUCCGGGCGGUGCAGCAGACGUGUCACCUGAUUCACUAUCUGAGACUCAGCCACCACUUGAUAGUUCUGAAUUACUUGAUAUGUACCUUUGACAAGCUGAAGUCUGUCUCCUCCGAAGACAUUAACAUCACGGAUGCUGUUUUUGACGGGGUGGAAGUCAGGGUGUUUGAACCUCCUGCCAAGGGAGAUGAAAGGCUCAAGCGCAGCGUUGUUUACAUCCACGGAGGGGGCUGGGCCUUGGCAAGUGCAAGAACAAGCCUCUAUAACAAUCUCUGCAGAAUCAUGGCUGAAUCUCUCAACGCUGUCGUUGUCUCAGUUGAAUACAGGCUGGUACCAGAGGUGUGCUUCCCCGAGCAGUUCCAUGACGCUCUUCGUGCUACUAAGCAUUUUUUGCAGCCUGAUGUCUUGGCUGAGUACUCAGUUGACCCAAAUCGGAUCGCAAUUUCUGGCGACAGCGCAGGAGGAAAUUUGGCAGCUGCUGUGUGUCAGCAGCUUAGCCAAGAUGAACAUCUGACCAUCAGACCCAAACUGCAGGCCUUAAUUUAUCCAGUCCUUCAGGCAUUUGACUUCAAUACACCUUCUUACCAGCAGAACAUGAACAUGCCCGUUCUUCCACGUUACGUCAUGAUCAGCUACUGGAUAGACUAUUUCAAUGCUAAUUAUGACUUGGCUCACUCCCUGCUGAUUAACAACCACACCGCUCUUGACGUUGGCCAAGCCCACUCUUUCAGAGGACGUCUCAACUGGACGUCCCUCCUGCCUUCGUCCUUCAAGAAGAACUACAAGCCUGUGGUACAAACCACGGGGGAGGCUGAGAUCAUCCAGCAGAUUCCAGCGUUGCUGGACGUGCGGGCUGUCCCGCUUCUGGCGGAAAAUGAAAUCCUGAGGCUGCAGCCAAAGACCUACGUCCUCACCUGUGAGAACGACGUCCUGCGCGACGACGGGGUGAUGUACGCCAAGCGCCUGGAGAACGCCGGCGUGGAGGUCACACUCGACCACUUCCAGGACUGCUUUCAUGGCUGCAUGAUAUUCACCAUUUGGCCAACGGAUUUCUCGGCGGGCAUCCAGACCAGGAACAGCUAUAUAAAGUGGUUGGAUGAAAACCUCUGAAGGUGGGGGGGUCUCUCUGGAAGGCAACGGGGUGUGCGGCUCCGGUGUCCGCUCUUGAGAAAGAGCAAACAACAAAAAAAAAGUGCACUUUUUUCCUAAGUCAGACUUCGUCUGUUCAGCUGCAGCUGCUGGGGGUUACAGACCAAUAACUACAGCGUUCAUGGGCUCCAUUGGCCUUGCCCAGCAAAGGUUUUUGAGAAAUACUUUUUCAAACUUAGGUAUUUUAUUCUUUUCCCCACCUUUUUUUUCAGUUGACAAUUGCCAAACAUAAAUAAAUGUGGAGCAGGGAGAUCAGCAUUCCUGGAGCAUUCUUAACUGGCUGGAACUUCUCAAGCUUUGACUCUUAAUUAGGCACAAAGGCCCCAGUUUUCAAACGAGGUGAGAUAAAGCCUAACACCUACAGGUACAUCUGAAUUUGUAAAAAAGGGAGCUGCUUUUCAACAGUGGUGAGCACUUGGUGUCAAAAGCAAGUGUGAGCACUCUCACCUUUGACAGCAGAGCCAUGCAUUUGAAUGUCAAGCAUGGAUUUAGGUGUUGGCUUUUAGGCCCAUGAACAAAAGGCUUACUUAAAUUUAAAAAAAAAAAAAAAAAGAAGAUCCUCUAGGCAGUUAAGAUGAUGCUAGACAAGUCUCCUAGCCAAACAUUUCAACUAGUAAUUUAGCUUUGGAAUUUGGUCUUCAUUGCCUUUUAGUUAUUUAUAUUUUAUAAAAGCACAGGACUAAAUAUAUUUUCAAUAAAAAGUAUUACAGCAUACAUACAAAUCCACAUUUUUUUAUGUGAGUGAGCAUCAGAGCUGACUACUUAUUUGGCUAAAGAAUGUGACUUCGUCUGUGUUUAAAGCCUCAGCUUCAUGACCUUUUUACAGGAAAUACUGAGCAUACUAAAAAAAAAAAAUCUACUGUGUGGUUUGCACUAAUGUUUGUAAUUAAUAGUAGUUUUUGUUCAUUUACUUUGCUUUUGUGCUUGUGGUGUUUAUUUUAUUUCAUGCUUCCUGGAAGGAGGGAAGCAAGCAGAUAGAGGUGAGCUCUAAUCCGUAUGGAAGAUCUCAGUCUGAGCUCUGCAGCUGAACUUUGGCUUGUGGACUGCCCCAAAAUGCUAGGUGAGAUGGUCUUGCUCUUGUGCAACAAAUCUCUACGGUUUGAGCCAGUCUGUAAAUUCCAUACAAGCAGGACAGGGAAGUGAAACUGCUUACAACAGUUACUGCUUGCAGAAAUGAAAGUUGUGUCAAAACCCCUGGGUUUUCUAGGCAAAGGGGAGAGAAUGGCUGCCCUGUGAUUAAACAAGUGGAUUAAAUUCACCCUCAGCUUUACCACAGGCUUCCUGUGGGACCCCAGGAGAACAACUUAAUCUCCUUAUGCCUCACUUUCUUCUUCAAGAGAGAGGGAGCAGGAAUUUCCUACCUCACAAGGGAGCUGGGAAGGUGAACCCACAGGUGUCACUGGAUGUGAUGGUCACCAGCGGGCACUGAACCAGCUCCCAUAGCUUCUGGCUGUCCAUCCUUCCCUCGUAGCUGUCUCUGAGCAUCCUGCCCCACCAUGGGUGGUGCUGUGAGGCUGCUGGUCCUCUUGGGCAGGCAGUUCAUCACCAUCCUGGCUCCUCUCAAAGUACCACAAGGUGAUGCUGGGUGGUUGGUAGGAGGUCACGACAAAGGCCAUUUCAUUAGAGCUUUUCUUAUGGCAGGACUCUGAAAAGUUCUUUUUUAAUUAAAAAAAAAAAAAAAAA